CUUAAAACCUCUCACAUAAAUUCAUAUAAAUUAAAAUAUAUCAUAUAUAAGUAUAUACUAAGGGAACAGUAGAGGUGAGCCGACAGCUACGUGAGGCGUGUUGACGUGUGACGCUGCCUCUGCUGCUGCUGCUCACAGGAGGCUGAGAAGGUGUGUGAGCCUCAGUGGCCUGAGAAUGGAGGGGAGUGGAGUGAUGGAGAGGAUGGGACCAACAUGGACUGUGGGCUCUUGCAGGCCAUGGCUGAGGAAGAUGAGGAGAUAAACGUCUACAACGAGGAGACGUUUGGAAUGGACCUCAAUCCACAUGGGACCACAGAGGACCCCAGCAGCAAUCUCCUUCAGUUUGGAGAGCCACCACCUACGCUCCCAACACCAACGCCACCACCUUUACCAGACCCCAAACCAUCAUCCCGCCACAGCUCCCCCUCCCCUCCCAGACAGAGGCCACAGUACCUGCCCCGGGCUCCCCCAGGGCAGCGUGGCAGAGGCAGGGGACAGAGAGGAGGGCUGGGCCGAGGCCAGAUGUUUGAAGACCCAGCUGUGAUGAGGAUAGUGGAGGGGCGACCGAGUCUCAAGACUCUUGACAGUGCCAUAGUGGACUGUGGGAAUGCCGUGAUGUACCAGCGGACCUUUGAGCAUGAUUAUAUGUCGCCCUCUUCUAGAAAGACUAGAAGAAUCUCAGGAUCAAUACUUCAGGACAGUGCUAUAGUGUGUGUGAUUGACGGUCACAGAGGCAGAGGUCAGUACCUACCCUCCAACUUCCUGGAAGUGCCAUAUCCUGUCUCACCCUUCAGGGGCAGGAGAGGGGAACACAGAGGAUCCUACUCCAGGAGACAGUUUGGCCACAGAGGCCCCUCGCAGAUGCAUGCACCCAUGGUACCAGGAUCGCCCAUCUUCGCACGCCAGCCAUUGACCCCACGGCAACAUUUCAAUCAGUCUCUGACUCCGAAGAUGAUGCAGCUUCGCUUUGGUGCCAACUCACCGAGGCCGUCCCCCUGUUACAGCCCCUCGUCUAAUCCAGUGCAGCAUUUCAGGUACCCAGGUCUGGUCACACAGCUCCACCCUCAACAUAAAAGAUUGCUCAGGCAAAAACAACGCAUAUUCCAAAGAAAACCAGAGGGCUGGGAUCCUUACUGUAAUCUGAUGACCGCCAAAGAGAAGGAGUGGAUCACCAGGCUGCAGAUGAUCCAGCUGCAGAGUGAGAAUCCGUACCAUGAGGACUACUAUUACCAGGAGUACUAUCGGCGAAUAGAAGCGAAGAUGGCAGAGGAGGAGCUGGGCAUCAGGGGCAAGAGAGAGCCGCCCAAGCUCACCACGCCUUACGUCACAAAAACGGAUGCUUACACACCAGUCGUGCACAUCGAAGGCUCUCUGGGUCAAGUUGCUGUGUCCACAUGUUACUCUCCUCGCCGUGCCAUCAGUGCAGUUCAUGCAGUCCAAGCUCAGGGUCCACUCGAGGAGCAGAAAGACACCAGACAACAGCGGUUAGAGGUCCUCAGCAAAAUAGAAAAGUUGUUCAUGGCUCUGUUGGAGGUCGAGGAGACGGAGAGGAUGAAAACCACUGUCUCAUCUGAAGCAGAGGAAAGCAGAGUGAGGGAGAAGUCGCAGAAGAAAGUGCAGCACAUCUACUCCCAGCUGCAACAUCACAGUCCCCUAGAUUCAGGCGUGGAGUUUCUUCCUUUCCUGCUGGUCUCAAAAGGCAAAACGCUAAUCGCCCGUCUGCUCCCGUUCCUGAAACAUGAUUCUGCACGGAAAAUCUUGAGCAUUGUGACUUCUAACCUUCCCACGCUGAUGAGCAGAGAUGCAGAGGAGGCCCUUCCAGUGCUCUACCCACCUCUUCGAAAUGUGAUUGGAGGGCUGACGUUCAGUCAGCUAAUUUGCGUCCUCAAAGAUCUGACAUCAUCUGAGUCAUUGACAACAUACGAGUCCCUCACGCUGGCAUGUCAGAACAAGUUUGGACUGUCCCUGCUGUACGCGCUCCUGUCCCAAGGAGAGAAGCUGCUGUCCUCAAGCGUUCCUCUGGAGCCCAGCAUCGGUGACUUUGAGACCUGGACCGACACAAUAUUCCAGGUGGCGGGACAGCUGUCCCAGUGUUCACUGGUGGAGCCGCUCCUCCUGCCCUCAAACCUGCUCACCCUCUUCUGUCGUUACCUGGACAAGCGCACGGUGCAUCAGCUGAAAAGUAACAUGGAGUCUGCAACCGGAUUCCUGGCUCUUCCAUCUUAAGGUGGACGUAAAAUAAUGACACGUUCAGCUAAUGACCAGGAUGUAAUGAGCACUAGAGUUAAAGGAGCAGACGCACAGCUCUGACAAUAAUUCCUGUGUUCAUUAAUAACAGAAGAAUAUAAUGUACAAAUGCUAUGAUUUUUUUUUUCCUCCUCUCCUCUGACCCUUCACAUUUUUCACACUUAAACUGUUUCCCUUUUCUAUUUCCUUUAUCUGAUCAUUUUACUUUCCUCCCUUUUGGUCUCCAGUACGUCACAUCAGUGCAAGUUAUUCUGAAAUUAUUAGCCCAAAAGUUUUUUUGUUUAUUGUAACCUUCCAUAACAAGUGUUGCCAUCAUUUCAUGAGAUUGACAUAAGGUGAGCUGGUAACAUUACAUUAACUAGUACAUGAAGCUGAGUGUGGCUUCUAUUAAAUCCCAGUUACAUUCAGGAAACUUACUGCGAUAAAUGCAUUGGAUCAGAUAUUGGUGACCAGGUUGAGGAUUGUAGAGUAAUUUAUGACUGUAUAGCCGAACCUAUAUGUUUAUUAUUAUGAUACUAACCAUAAAGGAAGUGAUCAUGGCAUGGUCCAUCGUCAUAAGCCAUGCACUUUUGGGUUUUUUUUGUAAAAAGGAAUGCAUUGUGUAUACAUGUGUAGUCAUACUAAAUAUGAUGUAUUUGAUGUAAUUUUUAUUUAUUAUAU